AUGACUAUAAUAGUUUUCCUAAUAGAUACUUCAGCCUCUAUGAACCAAAGAGCUUAUUUGGGCGGACGCCCAACGUUGCUCGAUGUAGCCAAGGGCGCUGUGGAAACGUUCGUAAAGGUUCGUCAACGUUCCCCCGAAAGCCGAGGCGACAGGUAUAUGCUUCUAACUUUCGAAGAACCACCCGCGAACAUCAAGGCUGGGUGGAAAGAGAAUCUUGCUACAUUUAUAAAUGAAUUGAAAAAUUUGCAAUGUCUGGGCCUGACUACAAUGGGUGCAGCAUUGAAGCAUGCUUUUGAUGUUCUAAACAUUAAUCGCAUGCAGACCGGCAUUGACACAUAUGGUCAAGGAAGAUGUCCAUUCUAUCUUGAGCCUUCUGUUAUUGUUGUUAUAACUGAUGGAGGGAAACUUUCAAGUAAUGCUGGCAUUCAGGAAGAGUUUAACUUGCCAAUGAAUUGCCCUAUACCUGGCUCUGAGUUGACACGCGAGCCAUUCAGAUGGGACCAGAGAUUAUUUUCGUUGGUGCUAAGGCUGGCGGGAACACCAGCUGUCGAGAGAGACACGGGCCUUGUGCCUUCCGACUCCUCACCGAUCGACGCAAUGUGUGAAGUUACUGGCGGUCGUUCGUACUGUAUCACUUCACAUCGCAUGCUGAUGCAGUGUAUCGACAGUUUGGUUCAAAAAGUGCAAAGUGGAGUAGUUAUCAACUUCGAGAAGAUUGGCCCCGAUCCACCGCCCAUUGACGGGGCUAACAUUAGAGAGGGCGAACAAGAUGAUGCGAACCACGAGGGGGACAAGGAAAUGGAAGGCGACGGCGAAAGGAAUGGACGUUGGAACAGCGGCCAGUAUCAAACGCAGAGCGGAGCUCCUCAAGCUUGGCACUCAUGUCGGCGACUUAUCUACGUGCCACGGACAGUGGCGCAAAAAGGAUUUGCCGUCGGUUUCUGGCCUAUUCCGGAGUCAUUCCGAUCCGACCCUAAUGCACAAACAUUGCCUCCUCGUUCGGCGCAUCCAGUUGUGAAGUUCACCUGUUCCAGCCAAGAGCCAAUGGUUAUUGACAACCUACCAUUCGAUAAGUACGAGUUGGAGCCCAGCCCACUGACACAGUUUAUACUAGCUAGGAAACAACCAACGAUCUGCUGGCAGGUGUUUGUAGCCAAUAGUGGUUGCAAAAACUCCGAGAUAAACCAUCCAUUUGGUUACCUGAAGGCGUCUACCAACUUGACGUGUGUCAACUUGUUCGUGUUACCAUACAACUAUCCAAUGUUACUGCCACUACUAGACGACCUGUUCAAAGUGCAUCGAUGCAAGCCCACUCCUGAGUGGAAGCUUGCUUUUCAGCAUUAUCUUGAUAGAAUGCCCACUUACUACAUAGUGCCGCUACGAAGAGCCCUAACAAAGAUGGGAGCACCUGCACAACUCUUGCAGAGUUUGAUGCCCGACUCACAAGACAACUCUCUCAGUUUCUCUGUAUUGAACUAUUUGAAAAGACUGAAAAAUCAAGCUAAAGUUGAAUUCGAGAAACUCUGUGCUGACGUCAUUAAUAAAUCAUCUAGCAACAAUACGCAAAAGGUAGCAGAAAGCGUAAGAGUGAUGUCAAGGUCACCGCUACGAAAGGACCUGACGACACAUCCAUGUUUGCAAGACAAAUUCUCAGCUCUUCGGGAUCAGUUAAACGAAUUCGGCGGCUUCGUCGUGGGACUGUCUCGAGGCAGGCAUAAGACACAAGCGCACACUUAUAGAAAUCCAUUCGAUAUACAGAGGAGAGAUUUGUUAGAUCAAGUGGUGAGGAUGCGAGCAAACUUCCUCCAACCAUCUCUAGCUCACACUCGUCUAGUCGACGAGGACAGUGUCCACUCGAUGCCGGUGGCCCAGAUGGGUAACUACCAGGAGUAUCUGAAGCGUAUGACGCCGCAGCUACGGGAGAUCGAGUCGCAACCUGUGCGACAACACAUGUUCGGCAACCCCUUCAAGAUAGACAAGCGCAUGAUGGUGGACGAGGCGGACUUGGACCCGGUGGGCGCGGUGCGCGGCGGCGGCGGCGGCGCGGGCGGCAAGCGAGGCGCGGAGGGCCCGCGCGCCGCGCCGCCCAAGCGCAAGGCGGGCCCGCUGCCGCACCACGUGGUGGCGCGCCGCCCCUCCGAGCCAACAACCCCACCCCCCUCACCACCGCCCGCACCAUCCCCUACGCCCCCCAAACCCCCUGUGGCACCCCUCUCCCCUGUCACCACGAGAAGACCCGCGUCUCCAUUGGCGCCCGUUCCCUCUGAUCUACCUUCUGGACGGCCUCCUGAGGAGCCUCCGAAUAUGGAUACGGGUGGUCCUGCAACAGGUCCCGCGUCACCGCCUGCAUCACCACCAGUUGUCGCCGCACCGCCCAACUUACCACCUGUUGUGAAACCGUUCCUCAAUGGAGACGCAUACACGACGAUGGGUACAAAGAUGCCGCGGUCUCCGUCGCCCCCGCCGCCGGAGCCGACGCCUCCCCCCGUGGUACCGAUGGUGCCGGUCGUAUUGCACGACUCCCAAGAACUGCAGAUCAAUGCUAUCUUGCAAGGGGUAGCUGCCGAGAACAACUCCAAUGCCCGGUCUAGAAAGAGGAAACGAAAGAACGAUAAAAUACAGUUGACGAUGCCGCCUCAGUUGACGCGCAAAGAGCUCGCUGACAUAAAGAAGCACAACUUAGAUGUACGGACGGAAGUCUUUCGCGCGGUCCGACGACCUGGCAAAGAUUAUUCAAAGCUGUUUGAACAUUUAAAACAAUUACAAGGUGGUGUGGAUGUGAAAAAGGAAGUGAUACGCGAGGUCAUAAAUGAAUCUCUAAGGUUCAAGCGUAAGGCUCUCGCCAAACUUUUGGAAGACUUUUUAGUGGGAUUAGAGAAAAACGGAAGCAGUGCCUCUAUUAGUAUGAAGAGAGUGAACAACUCAGUGCUGUACAGUAAUGCCAAUAACCACAGCUAG